AUGGCCUACUACCGCUGUAUUUUGACGUUUCCAGUCCUUUGCCUAUUGAUUCAGAGUGCGGCAGCACUGCUCGCAUUCCCCGGAGCUGAAGGGUUUGGUGCCCAGGCGACCGGUGGUAGAACGGGAAGUGUCUACGUGGUGACUAACCUCAACGACUCUGGUGCUGGAAGCUUCCGCGAUGCUGUCUCCAAAUCGAACAGAAUUGUCGUAUUCGCCGUCGGGGGCGUCAUUAACAUUGACUCCCGCGUUGUCAUCAGCAGCCGUGUCACCAUUGCUGGCCAAACGGCACCGGGGCAAGGUAUCACCAUCUACGGAAAUGGUGUAUCAUACUCUGCCGCUUCGAACACAAUAACACGUUAUAUCCGCUACAGAAUGGGCAGAGGCGGCGACUCCGGGAAAGAUGCCAUCACUAUCGCAAACGGCGAGAACAUGAUCUUCGACCAUGUCAGCGUUUCCUGGGGCCGCGACGAAACAUUCUCCAUCAACGGCGACGUGUCCAAUGUCACCAUAUCGGACUCUAUCAUAGCUCAAGGCUUGCAAACUCACUCCUGCGGAGGCUUGAUGCAGACGACUGGCGGUGUCAGCAUCAUCCGUACCUUGUACAUCGACAACCAGACACGCAACCCGAAGGUUAAGGGCGUCAACGAGUUUGUCAAUAACGUCGUUUACAACUGGGGUGGAGGCGGAGGUUACAUCGCUGGAGAUUCUGACGGCCCGUCACAAGCCAAUAUCUUGAACAACGUCUUCAUCAGCGGACCGUCGACGACUAUCCAUCCCUUCACAAGAGGAAAUGCUAACUUCCACACCUUCGUUUCCAACAACUACUAUGAUCCUGACCAAGACGGCACCCUCAACGGCUUCAUCCUCUCCCCCACAACCGAGAACUACUCCGCCGUCGACUUCCAAUCUUCAAAAUACCCCUACCCCACCGUCAACACCCUCCUCAGCCCCACCGACGCCCUCGCCAAAGUGCGCGCGUCCGCAGGCGCCAGCAAGUCCCGCGACCGUGUUGACACGUACCUCAUCAAUACGGAGCUGGGGUCGCUGGGCAAGGUCGGGGCGCUGAUCACGGACCCGGCUGCUGCACCGAUGAAUGGGCCCGGGCCUAUUGCUGGAGGCACGGCUCCUACAGAUAGCGACGGUGAUGGGAUACCGGAUUCGUAUGAAACGGCCCACGGACUGAACCCCAACUCGAACGAUGCCAUGGUUAUUGCCUCUAACGGAUACGCUAACAUCGAAAACUAUAUCAACUCGCUUGUAUGA